UUUAUUUGUACCAUCUUCACGUGAACACAUUCAAGAACAUCACAGAUGAACGAAACAUUAAAAACUUCCACACUACAUAAAGCAGGAAAAAUAGUUUUUCUUUCAGGUGGUUUCAGAAAAAACAAAAACAUCAAACAGCUCCAAGACUCUCUUUGAAAGAACUAAAAACCUUUAUUCUCAUGGUCCAAUCAUGAGUGAACUCCCCGAUGAAGCCUUGUGUGCUAAAACAUGUCAGAGUUUUAGAGGUUAAACAUUAGUUUCCAAAACAUUUUGCUAGAGAACAAUGAACUAUCUGAACUCUGUGGAGCCUGAUCUCAAGCUUUUUGAAUCUGGUGGCAAUCCCACCUGCGACUCCCAUCAUACCUAAAGUGUUACACAGAUGCACACGGAUAAAAGAAAAUAGCUUCAGUGAGAAAAAAUGAAAACACUUUAACUAAUGGACACAACUUAAAUGUCCUCUUUCACCUGUUUAGUAUCCAGACUGCAAAGCAGCAGCGUAGCCUCCGACAAAGACACCACCAGGAAGCAAAUAGAGGUGCACAAGCUGUUUUCUAAAAGUGGAGAUGUCACACGUAUCAUCAUUGGCCUGGACGAAACCAAGAAGACUGCUUGUGGAUUCUGCUUUGUCGAAUACUACACCUGUGCAGAUGCAGAGCAUGCCUUGCGCUUCAUUAAUGGCACACGGCUGGAUAACAGCAUCAUCAGGACAGACUGGGAUGCUUCAAGGAUGAAGGCAGUUCGGUCGUGGCAAAUCAGGAGGACAGCCUUUUUGGCCAGGGUGAAGGGAGCAUCUGCCAUCAAACAAGAAGACAGUCGCAUGUAACUACGACGGUGUUUGCUAGUUCACCUUACAUGCAUUAAUUUAAUAACAUAGUUAGCCUACUCAACGUAAAUUACACACAAACAACAUUAAGCUACUCGCCCAGAGAAGAACGACUGCUGCUGCCAUCAUCAUCCGUCAUCAUGUCUGCUACACUGGCGGGGCUCGGGGCCAGGACACUCCUCUUCAGGUUCUUGGAGGGUGUUGCUAACUCCGGGUCCGAUAACAGGCACCACACCUGUGGUAGGUGAGAGAUGAUUACGACCCAGCGAGAGACAGUUACGGUAACUGGCUCAGCAGCAUCGACCCGCAGAGGGGCGCAAUAGUUUUUAGAAUAAACACCACAGCAGUCUGCCUGGACUACAGAGUCCCAGCUGUUAGUCCUGCUCCAGAUUAACUCUCCCACAAGGUCAAGCAAGCUACCACAGAUUAGAAGUUUUGUCAUGAAAGCCCUCUGCAGCAGUCCAGCUCGGACUACUGGAUCCAGGUGUGAGCAAAUGUUAUUUAUUUGUUUUUGAGGCCUGGUUUUUGCUCUGCCUGUCUCUGCAACUACACGGUUGACAUGUGAUAUUUGUUGAUGUUUAUUAUUCUGUGUAAAGAAAUGCCAUUGAUUUUCCUGCAGGCUGGAAAGGCUCUGAUAAAGUUGUCUUGAUUUUCUGUGUCAUGUUCAAA